AUGCCCUGCACUCGGGACGGGACAGACCCCUUCACCUGCUGCACUCGGGACGGGACAGACCCCUUCAUGCCCUGCACUCGGGACGGGACAGACCCCUUCACCUGCUGCACUCGGGACGGGACAGACCCCUUCAUGCCCUGCACUCGGGACGGGACAGACCCCUUCACCUGCUGCACUCGGGACGGGACAGACCCCUUCAUGCCCUGCACUCGGGACGGGACAGACCCCUUCACCCGCUGCACUCGGGACGGGACAGACCCCUUCAUGCCCUGCACUCGGGACGGGACAGACCCCUUCACCCGCUGCACUCGGGACGGGACAGACCCCUUCAUGCCCUGCACUCGGGACGGGACAGACCCCUUCACCCGCUGCACUCGGGACGGGACAGACCCCUUCAUGCCCUGCACUCGGGACGGGACAGACGCCUUCACCUGCUGCACUCGGGACAGACCCCUUCACCCGCUGCACUCGGGACGGGACAGACGCCUUCACCUGCUGCACUCGGGAUGGGACAGACCCCUUCACCUGCGGCACUCGGGACAGACCCCUUCACCCGCUGCACUCGGGACGGGACAGACGCCUUCACCUGCUGCACUCGGGAUGGGACAGACCCCUUCACCCGCUGCACUCGGGACAGACGCCUUCACCUGCUGCACUCGGGACAGACCCCUUCACCCGCUGCACUCGGGACAGACCCCUUCACCCGCUGCACUCGGGACAGACCCCUUCACCCGCUGCACUCGGGACGGGACAGACGCCUUCACCUGCGGCACUCGGGACAGACCCCUUCACCCGCUGCACUCGGGACGGGACAGACCCCUUCACCCGCUGCACUCGGGACAGACCCCUUCACCUGCUGCACUCGGGACAGACCCCUUCAGACCCCCUAGUAGUAACAUCGCGUGGUAA